AUGGCAGCAGAUCCUCAGGUCUCAGACAAGAUUGAGUCCUCUGCCCCAACGACGAUUCCAUUCUGGCGCUUGGUCUUUGACCAGGGUGUUGUCACGCGAGAUAUCAUUGAUCACCCAUACCCCGGUUCAGGAACAGAUGAGGACCCAUUUGAAGUAACAUGGAUUCCAAACGACCCUCGCAAUCCCAUGAACUUCAGCGAGGUGAAGAAAUGGACUAUUACCAUGCUGGUGGCCAUCGCAACAUUGGCUGUUUCACUGGUAUCGUCUGCCUAUACGGGCGGUCUCCGAGAGAUCAUGAUGCAGUUUAAAAUCGGGGAAGAACUUGCCACUCUUGGUGUCUCGCUUUUCGUUCUUGGUUUCGCGAUUGGACCAUUGCUCUGGGCUCCACUGAGUGAGCUGUUUGGCCGCCAAAUCCUUUUCAUUACCACCUACGCCGCUCUCGCAGCUUUCAAUGCCGGAGUCGCAGGUUCCAAAAAUCCUUGGUCUAUCAUCAUACUCCGGUUCUUUGCCGGUUCUUUUGGAUCCUCGCCUUUAACUAACGCUGGUGGUGUCAUUGCGGAUAUGUUUCCUGCUAAGCAGCGAGGUGUGGCUAUGAGUUUGUUCGCCGCCGCACCCUUCCUCGGCCCCACUGUCGGCCCCAUCAUUGGUGGCUUCAUUGGUAUGAGUGACGGCGGCUGGCAAUGGGUCAUGGGUUUCCUUGCCAUCUUUUCUGGUACCGUUUGGAUUCUCGGCUCUCUGACGAUCCCCGAGACCUAUGCGCCCGUGCUUCUCCGCCGCCGUGCGGAGAGACUCUCAAAGCUAUCCGGUAAGGUCUAUCGGAGUAAGCUUGAAAUCGACCAAGGCAAGGUGUCUCUGAAGGAGUCCUUCAAGGUGUCGCUGUCCCGUCCUUGGAUUCUUUUGUUCCAGGAGCCUAUUGUGUUCUUACUUUCUCUCUACAUGGCUAUUAUCUACGGCACCUUGUACAUGAUGUUCGCCGCCUUCCCUAUUGUCUACCAGCAGUCUCGCGGCUGGAACCAGGGUGUUGGUGGCCUUCCCUUCCUCGGUAUCAUGAUUGGCAUGUUGGGUGCCGUCGCUUACUCCCUUUGGGACAACAAGCGCUACGUCAAGGUGUCCGAUGAAUAUAAUGGAUUUGCACCCCCAGAGUCUCGUCUCCCGCCUUGCCUCAUCGCUUCCACCGCAAUCCCAAUCGGCCUAUUCUGGUUCGCAUGGACUAACUACCCCUCAAUCCACUUCAUGGUCAGCAUCGCAGCCGGCGUCCCCUUCGGCUUCGGGAUGGUCCUAGUGUUCCUCAGCAUCAUGAACUACCUCAUAGACUCCUACACCAUCUUCGCCGCCUCCGUGCUAGCCGCCAACUCCGUCAUCCGUUCCCUCUUCGGUGCCGCCUUCCCUCUCUUCACCACCUACAUGUACAAGAACCUGGGUAUUCACUGGGCAUCAUCGAUCCCGGCCUUCCUGGCGCUCGCCUGCGUGCCCUUCCCAUUCUUGUUCUACAAGUACGGACCCGCAAUCCGCACACGGUGCAAGUUUGCCGCCCAGUCCGACGCAUUCAUGCGCAAGAUUCAGGAACAGUUUUCCGCCCCGCCGCCGGCAGAAGAAAAAGUGGAAUACGACCGCACAGAGGCUCCUGCGCCCGAAGGCUCACUCUCCAGCGAGUCUCAGGAUGGUGUUGACGCACUCCCCACGGAGCGUGUUCGCAGCCGUGCGCAAUCUGUCGCUUCCAACCGCACUGCUGGCUCGCUGGCUCGCUCGGUUACCUAUGAGGGAAACCCUUACGAUAUUGAUCGUGUCAACACCCGUGAAUCCUUCAAGAAAUAG